AUGGGCUGUCGGAGUAGUAAACACAUAGACGAUGAAUACACAAAACCUCGUAAAUCCAAGGUCAAACGAUCCAAACCUCGCUCCCCCUUCUUCUCCCACAAGUCCUCGAAUUCUUCACAAUCUUCAUCUGCUUCUCUAUCUAAACAUUGUCCAACCUGCGAUCAACCUUACACUCAACGCAGCCCACGCAACUGGUGUCAACCGUGUGAAGCGAGGAGAUUUCAAUCGGACUUUCCUAACUGGACCUCUGGAAAUUUAUCUCUCGAUGCCGUCAUACAGUAUACUCAGUUACAUUCGACUGGACCAAAUAAAUUUUUAGAAUGGAUACCAUACGAUAAGCUUGAAAAUAUAAUGGAGAUCGGACGAGGCGGUUUCGGAGUUGUGUAUAGUGCUAUAUGGGAUUUGGGUCCGAAACUAUAUUGGCAUCCAAAAAAGCGUGCCUGGAUAAGAGAAGGCGAGGUUAAGGUUAAGUUAAAGAAGCUGGUUGGAAGUGCCGAUGCCAAGCUAGAAUAUUGGGUUCAGCUGGAACGGCACAGAUGUCACCAAAGUCAAUAUGUCCCUCAUUGGUAUGGCUACAGUCGUGACCCUAUAAGCAAAGAUUACAUCGUCGUCACUAUCCUCCCCGAUUACACCCUCCAUCGAUAUAUAGAAGAAUAUUCUAAUCAGUUGACGUGGGAACGUAGAGCAGGGAUAGUGUAUAACAUUGCACAUGGAUUAAUGGACAUACAUAACCUGAAACUAAUACAUGGGAAUUUGCACAGUGGGAACGUGCUGAGAGAUUGUAAUGGGAGUCAAGGUUUUACCUAUAUUACGGAUGUUGGAAAUUAUUCUCCUCCAAGCAAAGAAGAUGAGUGGGCUAUCACAUUUACAGACAUAAAUCUAUCUUUUCUAUCGACGCCAGAACCUCUCUACGGCGUACUGCCUUAUACAGCGCCAGAACUCUUGCACGGUUCUCCACGCACAGAACAUUCGGAUGUGUAUUCCCUUGGCAUGAUAAUGUACGAGAUAGCAGCGAGUAUUCCUCCUUUUUCAUGGCGUCCUCACAAUCAUGCACUCGCUGCCGACAUAUGCCGCGGUCUGCGUCCAGAAAUACCGGAGAACGCGCCGAAAUGUUACGUAAAGUUGAUGGUACAAUGCUGGGACGCUGAUCCGUCCCGAAGACCUAAUGUUAGAGAAAUAGAAAAGACAUUGAUGUCCUGGGGCUGGCAUAUGGGAUUGAAUCAGAACCAGGCUGUUGAGAGGCAGUUUGUUGUUGCCGAGAAAAUGCGGGUUAAGGCUUUAGAGGGAAGGAAAUCGAGAAUUAAUAAUAGUCAGGGGGAAAGGAAUAAACGGCGCAUAUAUCCAGAAGCAGUGUAUACUAGCAGAAAGUUGGAGUUUAAGAAUUUACCAGAGAUUGUUAGGGUCGAGUACGACUAUUAUGAGGAAGAAGAAUUAGAAACGGAAAAUGAGGAUAACGAGGAUAAUGGCGAAGACUAUGCGGACGAAAAAGGUAACAUGGAGGAAAUAGAUUCUACAAGGAACGAAGCAGAAGAACUAAGGAAAUUGGUGAUCAAGAGUGGAAUCGGUGGAAAUAAGGAUGUCGAUAGUUAUACCGAUAGAGGCUCAAACGAGAUGUCAUCAUUAUCGACGUUCUUUGCAGAAACUCUAGCAAAAGCAUUUGAGGGGAGAGAUUUACAAUUAGGUAAUAAGAGUCAGCAACAUACAUUGCCAAGUGAACAUUUUCUCACACUAUAUAUUCUUCACAAUUAUCAGGGACCUACGGACGCUCAUCGUAUCGCUCGAUAG